AUGUCGUCUCAGCUCUCGCUUGCCCCUUGUUUCAGACGUAUUCUCCGCACAUUGCAUCGUUGGGGCUUUGAUAUACAACUGAACGAACAUAAGCGUGCAACUGAAUUCACUCAAACUCUUGUGCAGAUAUUCCAAGAAAAGAGUGAACUUCAGUCUACCUAUGCCCGCGGAUUGUCACGCUUGAGUGUACGCCUUCGUGAUGCCUUGGGUUCAGUGUAUGACGGGUCCGUACACAAUUCCUUCUUGCGCGUAGCUAGUGCCUUGGAAACCGAAGCCACACUGCAUCAGCAAUUCGCUUCCGGUCUAGUCGAUGGCUUGUUGCAGCCGUGGACACAACUUGUUGAGAGCUUGAACAAGUCGCGGAAACCCGUGAGUUUUGCUUAUCCAUCAUACACCUUCGGGUUUAGUUGGCCUUGUUUAUCUCCUUUCUGGCGCCAGUCAGUACUCCCAUCCGGACAUAACCUGGUGUACAGUUUGAGUAGCUCGCUUACAUAG